CCCUGCACAAAACCCUCGUUGGUUCUAACUUGGAAACGAACCACACAGACACACCCACUCUAUCUAUCUCUUUUUCUGCUGCUAUGCAUACAAAGCUGUUAACCCAAAUUCGUCUUCUUCAUCCCCUUCUUCCCAUGAAGCCUCGCACUCUUCCUCUUCUCUCGCGUGCCUUCUUCUUCCCUCCCUCCAAGUUUCUCCGAAGCGCACCUUUUAAAGCUCGCGCCUUUUCCUCCCGGGCCCACGCUCACGCCCGCGACAAGCUUCCGGUUCGCCCCUCCAAGAGCCUCGUAGACGACGAGGCUGACCUCAGCGACUGGGUCGAUGAUUUGCGGACCGGCAAGGUCGACCGCUUCUCCCAGCGGUCCAGCAGCGACCACGAUGAAGACCGAAAAUUCCGGCCGCCGCCGAGGAACAACAAUAGGGCUUCCACCAAUUUGGGGAAGAGGAGGGGCGAGGGUUUGCGGAUGGGAAGGCAGAAUGCGAACGCAAGGAGAAAGAUUCAACCAAGGAGUGACGACGAUGAGGAAGUGGUGGAGAGUGGAAGGAAGUUCAAAGGUGGUGGCGUUGGAGCGUUUCUCAGCGAAGAUGAAAGUGAAGAUGAAGAGAGUGAUGGGAGUGAGGAGGAGGAGAUAUUGAACAAGAGUAGAACCGCUUUGUUUGGUCAACAAAACGGUCUGAACCGGAGGACGGUUGAACCGACUCCUAGACCAUCUUCUACUGGGGGUUCUGAUUCUUAUCUGAGUGAAUCAAGAUUUGACCAAUGUUCCGUCUCCCAGCUGUCACUUAAAGGAGUAAAGGAUGCUGGAUAUGAGAAAAUGACAGUUGUGCAAGAGGCUACUCUUCCAGUAAUUCUCAAAGGUAAGGAUGUCCUUGCCAAGGCCAGGACAGGCACAGAAAAAACAGUAGCAUUUUUGCUUCCAUCAAUUGAAGUUGUGGUGAAGUCACCUCCAAGUGAUCGUGACCACAGGCGGCCACCAAUUUUUGUUCUUGUCAUAUGCCCGACUCGAGAACUUGCAAGUCAGGCUGCCACAGAGGCCAAUAAACUGCUGAAGUAUCAUCCUACCAUUGGUGUUCAAGUUGUGAUUGGAGGCACAAGACUUGCUUUAGAACAGAAACGAAUGCAAGCAAACCCUUGCCAGAUCCUUGUUGCUACUCCUGGAAGGCUUAGAGAUCAUAUUGAAAAUACUGCUGGUUUUUCAACUAGGCUGAUGGGUGUGAAGGUUUUGGUGCUUGAUGAAGCUGAUCAUUUACUUGACAUGGGAUUUCGCAAAGACAUUGAGAGGGUAAUUGCUGCAGUCCCCAAACAACGACAAACUCUUAUGUUUUCUGCCACAGUUCCAGAAGAGGUGCGUCAAGUUUGUCAUAUUGCUUUGAGAAGGGAUCAUGAAUUUAUCAAUACAGUUCCAGAGGGUACUGAGGAGACACAUUCACAGGUCCGCCAGAUGCAUUUAGUUGCCCCAUUGGACAAGCAUUUCCCUUUACUAUAUGUUCUUCUGAAGGACCACAUUGCAGAUGAUGUUGAUUAUAAGGUUCUUGUUUUCUGCACAACUGCUAUGGUCACUAGACUUGUUGCUGAACUUCUUGGUGAGUUGAACUUGAAUGUGAGAGAAAUCCAUUCAAGAAAGCCUCAGAGUUAUAGAACCAGAGUCUCUGAGGAAUUUCGGAAGUCAAAGGGUCUCAUCCUGGUUACUUCAGAUGUAUCUGCUCGUGGAGUUGAUUAUCCAGAUGUCACUCUUGUUCUACAGGUUGGGUUGCCCGCAGAUAGAGAACAAUAUAUACAUCGCUUGGGUAGAACAGGCCGAAGAGGGAAAGAAGGGCAGGGCAUACUGCUGCUGGCUCCUUGGGAAGAGUUCUUUUUAUCUACUGUAAAAGAUUUGCCUAUUGAGAAAGCUCCCGUGGUGCCUUCAGUUGAUCCUGAUACUAAGAGAAAGGUAGAAAAAGCUCUAUCCCAUGUGGAUAUGAAGAACAAAGAAGCAGCAUAUCAGGCAUGGCUUGGUUACUACAAUUCGAACAAGAAAGUGGGGCGUGACAAGUAUAGGCUAGUGGAGCUUGCAAACGAGUUUAGUCGAAGCAUGGGGCUUGAUAACCCUCCAGCUAUUGCUAAGCUGGUCCUUGGCAAGAUGGGCCUCAGGAAUAUCCCUGGUUUACGUGCCAAAUAGCUUAUUCUUUUAAUUCAAUUUCUGAUAACUUGUGAAAUAUGUAUUUUUUUAGUUAAAAUGCUCAUUCAUAGUUAAUUGUAAGUUUGGAGGCAUCAAAUUUUCAAUCACAUACAUCGUCCGUUAUGUGUU